CGGGGGCGCCCCCCAACUCCGCCGAGCCGGGCGGGCCCCGACCGCCACCCUGCCGCAAUUUCCCUGUGUCAUGGCUCCGGUCUCUUAGCAACAGCCGCCAGUCCGGCCGCCCCGAGCCGCCGCCGCGGGCUCAACUCCACCCGGCGGAGCCCGGCGCGCCGCAGCCACACAAAAGAGGCGCGAGGGCCGGCGGCGCGGCCGCAGGGGCCCACCCGGGAGCGCCGCGCUAGGGGACGCCGGGAGCUGGAGGAUGAGCGGCGGAGAGGAGGGCUCCGAGGCGGGAUGCGGGAUGCGGAGGACCUGACACUUCUUGGAAACUCUUGGAAAUGGCUCCUGCCACAGCGCCGGCGGGGACUGCGAGCCUGGGGCGGGCGCUCGCCCCCGCGGGGCUGCUGAGCCGCGCUAGGAUGCAGGGCCCCGGGGCGCUGUCCCUGCGCUCCGCCGUCGGCUCGGGCUGAAAAAGUUUCUCCAUGGUUCCUUUGUGUCGCCCGAGCGCCCGUUCGCCGGCCCCGACCUCCCUCGGUCUCCCCGGAGGCGGACUCCCAGCUGCUGCACUCAUGUGACUCCAGCUAACAUCAAUAAGCAGACCAAAGCCAGGGGCCAGGGGGUCGCCGCCCUGCCAGUGAGGGGCCGGGGGUCGAGGACCUGGGUUGGGUACCGGGCACAGCACAGCGCUCCCAGCCUGUGGGCUCCGAGCCUCCGAGCCUCAGAGUGGGGCUUAAUCCAUCAUGAGCGGAGAACUUGAAUGUCUCUCUUGGAAGCAGUUGUAUUUUUAGACAUCCCUCCUUUGCUUCCCCCAUCCUCCAUUCUUUAGCCACGGUAAGACCAGCUCCAGGCAGUAAAUUGCGAGGGCAGCCAAGCUUGACUACUAAGUUUGUUUUCUUUCAUUAGGUAUAAAGGAAAACCUCAAAGGUGGGUCUCCCGUGGCAUCUGACCUUUGUCUGUAUUUCGUGUCAGAUGAUGAUACAUUAAAAGGGAGUACAGCCUUCAACAGAGCUGAAGGAAUAAUAAACGAGGGAGUUAAUUACUAGCUAUUAAACUCAUUUUAAAGAUGUGCGGUAAAGGACUGUUGAAAUCCAUUCCAACCUUCCUUACAUUCUACCGGAGCCAAAGCUGCCUUGCUGAGGAGAAAUCCAAGUGGGUUUCCCCCUCCCCCAAGGCAUCCAGCCUCCCGGUGCACCUGAUCAAUGCCCAACAAAACAUGUAGCCUUUCUGCGGUGGGAGAGCCACCCUGCCAACUGAGUCUGAGUUCGCUUCUAAAAAAUGUCUGGUCCUUAAAGCCUUCUUAAGAUAACCACGGAUCUCCAGAUUAUUUAAGAUGCUGGACUCCAAGGAUCACUUAAAACAACAGUCUCUAUGUUACAACCACAUAAUAAAUGUGCUUACUUAUUUGGGAUUAGAGAUAGACAGUAAGCUCUUUUUUUUGUUUGUUUCAAUCUGUACUUACUGGUGCAGCUUAAAGGUUUAUAGAUGUAUUCUCUAUACUGACCCCUCUCUUAUCUACCUGGUGCUUCUCUUUACUGAAACCCAGCGAAGUCCCAAAGAGAUAUUGAUUUGCAAAUAUUGCAAAGAGCUGAUUACCAUUUGCAUUCCCACUGAUGGAGAAAAGAUCCUGCCUAUAUUGAUAUAAUGGAGGAACUCAAGGGCCAAAGCCUUUCACCCAAUCACCAAUUAAAAGCAAAAUUCUACCUACCACACAUUUUCAAGGGGGAAUUUAUUCUAAAACAUGAAUUAUCUGAUAAAGGAUAGAAGAGCAAAAGGCUUGGGAGUGAUAUCUAAGUCUUUCAGUUCAUACAAUGUCCUUGAUUUUAGCAUCUCAUAGGAGGGAAGACAACUAAUGGGACAGAAAAUGUUCUACUCUGGAGAUACAGCAAGACUGUAAUUUUUAGAGGCUGCCGAAUAACCACAAAUAUGCAUUUGUGAAUUUACCUACCCAGGCUUUAUUACAAACAACUAAAUAAACUUCCUAAGAGUAGUGCAUUGAUUGUUGCCACCCUCCCUUCCUAAAUGACCUCAUGAGAAAGGGAUAAGGGGGAAAAACAAAACAAAACAAAACAAAACAAAACAGUUUUGGCUUGGGGGAAAUAUCAUUCUACAAAUCAUCAUAUUAUGUAGACUGCUUUACCUAGUUAGUUGCCUACUCAUUUGAAUACUGGGACUCUGUAGCAUGCUCUUGGCACCUUAAUAAGGGGUCAGAAAGCUAUUAUGGCAGAGUGUUAGUUUUUUUAAUUGUAAUUUUCCCAUAUGAGAAAAAGAUCUUUCUCUUGGAGAUUCCAGGGGACUUCUCAAAUUCCCGGAUGAAAUCUGACACAUGAUACCUUUAAGGGAGUUCCUCUGAGGGAGGAAAGAAGGCCAGAAGGAAGAGCUCAGUUACAUAAGCAGUUACCUAAAACUAAAUAUUCCACCCCAAGAAGCUGUCCAGAUGUUGCUGAGAGGAGAGAAGGCUGUGCAAGGGAUCUGCCUGCACAUAGCUGUAGGAACAGGCAUAGGUGGGAGACAACUUUGUGAAGGGAUUUAUUGUCAGAGUAUUGCAAUAUCUCUGCUGCUUCCCCAGUGAUGAACUCUCUAUUAAUUAUCUGAAGUAAAUAAACCGCCUGCCUGCCAUUAUAUGACCUUUGAUUUUCAUCCAGUGAAAUAAAUUCCUUUGUCUUUAUACAGUAGUAACUUUCCUGACUGUUUUAGUGACUUUGGGCCACACAUUGACAGAUUCCCCAGCUUAGAGAGGCUUGAAACUCCUGUGACAGCUCCCUUGAAAAAUCUUCCAAUUCCUGAAGGACUGAGGGAAAGAAUCUUGCCAGGGAAGUCCUUAACCACUACUUUGAGUCCCUACAUUUAGGUUUUACUAAUGGUUGGAACUGCAUUGUUCAUUUCAAACCCUCAUAUUACCGUGGAGUGUGUGGGGGAGAUGGGUGGGGAGCGAGGAGAAGAAGGCAUAUUCUCAGAUGGUUUUAUCACCACAUAUUAGUUAUUGCAAUGUUUUAUAACCACCUAUUGUUGCAACAACGUUUCCCUUCCCUAAUGUCUACCUGGCCCCAGCCUCUGUACACGGCCUUGUUUCAGUUAGUGGAUAAAGGCCCUGGGGUGGGGGGCACACACGGAGUGGGAUCUGGGAGUAGGGCAGCUGCAGCGUGAGAUGUCACUGCAGCCAAGCUGACACCCUCUGACUGUCUUCCUCUGCUUUGCAGCAGGAGGAGGUAGCUGAGCAGCUAGUGGGCAGUUGGCGCCCUCCCUGUGCAAGCCUCCAUCCCAGAGGCUAGUCCUGCAAUCCAGGAGUUCGCCAUGAUCGCCACCGGCGGCCUGCUAAGGAUUUCCGCCAGAAAGCAGGAUCCACUCCGCCCCCCAAGCCAGAUACCCAAGCGCAAGCGGAAAGCCAAGAAGAGGCGCAAGAACGACGUGGUGGUGGUGAAAGGCAAGCUGAAGCUGUGCUCCAUCUCAGGGCUCAUCGCCCUCUGUGGGAUCCUGGUGCUGCUGGUGGGCAUAGCCAUGGCGGUGGUGGGCUACUGGCCCAAGGCCACCGGGGCCAAUCGGGAGGGGGGUAAGCAGCUGCCGCCUGCGGGCAGCAGCCACCGCGUCCCAACCACGGCCAACAGCAGCAGCAGUGGCAGCAAAAACCGGUCCAGGAGCCACCCUAGGGCUCCAGGGGGUGUCAACUCCAGUUCCGCGGGCGCGCCCAGGAGCACGCCUCCAGCACGAGCCGCCUCCCCUUCCUCCUCCUCCACGUCCGUGGGCUUCUUCUUCCGCAUCUUCUCUGGCUACCUGCACUCUGACAAGCUCAAGGUCUUCGGGCCCCUCAUCAUGGGCAUCGGCAUCUUCCUCUUCAUCUGCGCAAACGCGGUCCUCCACGAGAACCGGGACAAGAAGACCAAAAUCAUCAACCUGCGGGACCUCUACUCCACCGUCAUCGACGUGCACAGCCUCCGCGCCAAAGACCUGGCGGCCGCCGCGGCCGCCGCCGCGGCCGCAGCCGCCUCUUCCUCGUCGUCUGCCCCCGCCGCGGCGCCCCCCGGGGCCAUACCGCUCAAUGGCUUCCUCAGCUACGUGCAGUCGCGGGGCCUGGAGCUGAAGCCCGGGAGCUGCGGUGGCGCCGGGGACGCCUUCGGAGCGGCGGCGAUGCUGGCCAAGGGCUCGUGGCCGCCUCACCCCGCGGCGCUGAGCGGCGGCCGCCCUCGGGGCGCCGCGUCCCCGCCGGACCUGGCCUCUUCCCCGCGCUGUCCGCGGGAGCCCCCGAGCCUGGCCGAGGCCGUGUACAGCGUCUACCGCGAGCGCUCGGGCGUGGCAGGCCGUCGCCGGGCCGCCGCUGCCACCGCCGCCGCAGCCGCUAGCAGCUGCAGCAGUCCGGCGCCCUGCAGCCCACCCGAGAGCUGGGGGCGCCAGAGCACCGCCAGCUCCUUCGUGGACUCCUCGCUGAGCGCCUUCGCGCUGCUGCCCUUGCAAGGGGACCGCGAUAGGGACGGGGACGCGGAGGGCGCGAGCUGCAGCUGGCAGAGGCCUCCGGGGGAACGCGGCUCCCUGGAGAUCCCGAGGGGCGAGCUCGACCUGAGCAUGACCAACCUCCGCGGAGCAGAGGGCAGCAUGCGCGGGGCGCGCCAGGAGCUGGAGGAGCCCGAGGGCGCGGUAGCGGCGCGCGCCGCCAGGGGGCAGGGCGGCCGCCUGCCCAGGACCGGCAGGUACGCGGCCUUGCGGCGCCGCAGCACCAGCGGGCUCCCGGACUACCGGGCGCCGCCGUCCCCCGAGCCCCCGCCCUCCCCGGGGAGUGCGGACCCGGACUCCAGCCCUCUGGCCAAAGCCGCCUCCCCCUCGCCACCCCUGCGGCUGGAGGGCUUGCCCCCCACCAGGCGGGACUCCGGGAGCUCCCAGUCGGAUGACCCAUCCAGCAGCAAUAAGGGCUACACACCCCUGCGGGAGGCCGGCACCUCCACCGAGUCGGUCUUGGACGCAGUAGCUGGUCAAACGCGAGACUCUGUGGCCGCCCCCGUUCUGGGUGCGGAGCAGAGCUCGCCGGAGGGUGCCAGCCAGGAGCCACCCACGGCCGAGCAACCUCAGCCGGUGCAGAGGCAGUUUACAAACAAGGAGAAACUCAUCAUGAUUUCCAGGUCUCAUGCCAUAGGGGUAGAAGAAGAACUGGAAAGCACAGGCAUUUAGAGAAAGGGGUGGGUUGGGGAGGAGGAAAGAGAAAAUGGGAGAAACGCCCACUUGAAUCAGUGCAUUAACAGGUCCCUGUUUCUUUUGUGGACUGAUCCGAGGACAUCAUUCAAUAUCCAAAGAGCUGCAGAAUGUUAUCCUUGAAUUGCGUCCACAAGAUUCCUGUAGAUAACUCCAAGGAUUUUUUUUUUUAA